GAGUAUAUAUGGACUAUAUAUAGUAGCAGGUAGAUACGGGUACUGUGUAACUUGAGGGUGCGUGGUGUGAGUCUGACAAUAGAGCCACGUGGAACCGCAGCCUCUCGUGUGUGUACUAGGUAAUACCUAACAGAGUCGUAGAACACGACACAUGGUGUCAGGAGUGCUAGCGCUAUGAGUACUGAAGACAGUCCACGAAGCGGCGCUGAGCUGGAAGCCAGGGUAGUGCCCGACCGGCAAGGUGACGACACGGAAGACGUUGCAGCUGGAGCUGCAUGCGCAGCGGCUCAACUGCUAGUUCAAGCGACCUUUCCCAGUCCUGGACCACUUCAGGUAAAAGGUAAUUUGGCAGAGAAUUGGCGUGAAUGGAGCCAACUCUGGAGAUCGUACGAGACCGUGACGCGGAUGACGUCGCAGCCAGAUGAAUACAGGCUUGCGUCGUUUAUCACAUGCAUUGGUAGAGCAGGGUUGCGCAUAUACAAUAGCUUACCAUUCGCAGAGGAGGCGGAGAAGACGGAUAUGGCAAGAGUGAUUGAGCUAAUGGAAGCGCAUUGCGUGGGUGAAGCAAAUGUUACGUACGAACGCUUUGUCCUUGAUCAGAGGCGGCAGAAUCAUGGUGAGCCAUUUGACAAAUUUCUAACGUCGGUGAGAGAGCAAGCUCAACGUUGUCGGUUUGAUGACCAAGAAAGCGACAUGAUCCGUGAUAGAAUCGUGUGUGGUGUGCAUGAUCAGGGGUUGCGUAAACAACUCCUGCAAAGAAAGAAUCUCUCAUUAGCAGACUGUGUUGAUCUAUGCAGGGCGUAUGAGGCUACCGAGAAGAGGGCCAAGACGAUGAGCGGAGCAGAUACUGAAGUACACAGGGUGCAGAAGCAGUACGUACCCAAGUCCUCCAAAGUGAAGUCAAAGAGAUAUCAGUCUAAAGACACAGUGAAGAAGACUAAUGCUCGGACUUUGAGUUUUGUACAAACAGCAAGUGGAGCUCUAGAUGUGUGGCUGGAAUCUUUGUCACAGUGCGUUUUUGUCAAUGGUGUUGCAGUGGUGUUGAAGAAGUUGCCACCAACUGGCUUCGUGAUUCAAACUCCGAAGAGUGGAAACAAGUUCUUCAGCAUCUAGUUGCAAUACAACAAAACUGUUCAAUCAUUCAAGAUCUUCUUUCACGUAGUACUGGUCUAUUCAAGAUUAGAGGAACAUCAAAUUUUGAGAAAAGCAUUGAGAUGCAUCAAAGGCAUCGACGAGUCUAGGCUGCGCCUUCAACUCGCAAAGAAUGUCAAUUCUCGCGUCAUGAUGGAUAGACGCAACCCAAGACCAAAAAGUGCAACGGUUGUUUCUCGUACACUGCAACACAAAACUUUCACGUUGGAGAAGAAAGAAGUAAAGCAUUCUGCCGUUUCUCAAGCGAUGACAGAUUUCAUUCAAAACAAGUCAUCUCCGAAGAAGAGACUAUACUCAUUACCGAAAAUUCUGUUUGAGAUCAAAACCCCUCGACGUCUCGUUCCACACAAUCAUCGCUCUCUUUUACCACAUCCGCCAUUCUCGUUGGAGCGGCCACGACCACAACACUUUUUCUUGCGACCGACUUAGCUAAUUAGAAAUCCUCAUAUCACCGAUACUAUAAUAUGUUCAUCAUUUGAGAUGUAAUAUACUAUAAUUAUAUAAAGUAACAUUUCACGUUAGUGUCUAGGAUUGCAGACUACUUCUUCUUUAGAGUACA